AGACCUUCCAAGUAGGAAGAAAGCGAUCAAGGAGAGAAAUUCGUACGUGAAUAACGACGCCGUAUAUGAAACUCCUGACGAUGUUAUACAAUGUAUGGAACAAAAUGAGGCUGAAUCUAAACCAGAAAUUCCUACAGGACAAGAAUCUUCCACCUAUAUGUCCUUGAAAGACAACAGAGAAUCUGGGAACUUUUAUCAAUCUCUACAACCCCCCGGUACGAAUGCGUAUCCACCGCAUACGAAAGGGGGUGACGAUCAGGCAGUGGAAUAUGAAAAUCCUGCAUUUAACGUGAAUUACAGUGACGAAUAAGUUACUUGAAGGAAUAACUUUAACUUGUUAUUAUGCGGUGAGUGACGUCACCCGUAGCAGGCAACUAGAACUGCAGAAUGCAUUGUUAUCUUUACGCCAUAUUUAACACUAUUUCAUCACAAUUUUGAGCAUUUUUAUAGUAAAAAUAUUUAUCAGGCCUAGCUAUUGGGUGUAUUCCUAUAUGUGGUAAUAUAUAUACUGCCCUCAUCUCUCGUAUCAUAAUCACAGCAUAUAUACUCGUAUAUCUCUCCAUAUAUAUCUCGUAUAAUUAUCACAACAUAUAUGUUAGAACAAUCAACUACAACCAGACAUUAAAAAAAAAGCACUAAUAUAACGAACUUUAAGAAGAACUUAUAUAAUUCAAUAAUAAUUGAGAAACAGAAGGAAACUAGAAAUUUUGAAUAAUUGAAUCUUUUAAUAUGUAUUAGUAUUUUAUAACAUAAAUUCUGUAAAUAUAUCAAUGGUAUUGUUUAUAGCUACUAUUUAUGUACUGUAAUGUAGUUUAUAUAUUGUAAUUAGGGAGAGCCACUAGCUUAUCUGCAGUUUUACUUAUAUUGCUGUCAAAGUGUCACCCUCUUUAAAUAAAGUCGCAAACCAAACCAAACC